ACGUGUUGUAAUUUCAAUUUCCUCGAACGUUCGUUGCGGUCGGGAAUCCGGUGCGGCAACGCCUGACUGCCACUCGUCGCUCUCGGUGUGUGUGUCACACUUUUUUCUUCUGCUGGAGAAUCGGAUUUGAAAUAAUAAAAAAGAGCCACGAGAGACAUUAUAACAUAGAUUAAUUAAUAAAAUAAAAACAAUGGCGACGGCCGACGAUGUGCAGGUUUCGCCAGUCACAUCCGGUAGUAGUAAUCCUCUCGUCCAAUUGCUUCAACACCAAACCAAAGCAGCGGAUAUCGUCAAGGAGAAGGUGAAGAAAUUGACAAAGUUCAAGGAAGACUAUGAAGCCCUCAAAGCCAGAUUGGAAUCACUGCCUGACAAAGUCUCACACCAAGUCAUGGUCCCUUUUGGAAGCCUGGCCUUCGUACCUGGCAGAGUCAAGCACACAAACGAGAUCCUCUGUCUGCUGGGUGACAACUGGUUUGUCGAGAGAUCUGCCAAGCAGGCCGCCAAGAUUGUGGAGCGGAGGAUACAAGGCUGCAAUGAAUCUCUGAAAAGGUUUGACGCUGAGCUGAAAUCGGUGAACAGCUGGUGUGAUCAGGCCAACAAGUACAAAAAGGACCUCAAUCAGGGACUCAACAUAUUGGAGACAGAGGAAGAGGACGAACAAUGGAGAGAGGAGCACCGAAAGCGAGUCCGAGAAUACAAGCAGAAGAUGGCCGCACUGAAACAAGCAUCAGCCGAGGAAUCUCAAGAAAGGUCCGAAGAGGAGGAAUUGUUUAGGAGGUUGGACGAGCUGGAAAUGGAAGAGGAGCUGCAAGACGAGCUGGCCAAGUUAGGUGUGGGAAAUGGCGAUAUCGACUGGGGGGAUGAGUUGGUAGAAGAAGAAGAAGAAGAAGAAGACGAAGCCAUUAGCGUCGAAGAACCACCAGAAGAAGAAGAACCACAGGAAGAAGAAAAUAAAAAGAAGAGCGUGAGAUGGUCAGAGAGUCCUGACGCUGUCAAACAGUUUCGGCGUGACGAGCUGAUCCUUCCUGGUGCCGCCCACGACGGCCACGAAGAGGACAAGAACCAAGACACGUUGAAAAUCACCUUUAAACAUUCGCCCGUGUCGUCGUCGUCAGCAGCGGCCAGUUCAAACAAGAGAAAAGCCAAGUUUGCCUCUUUUAUCGCCGAGGCCGAUCCGUCGUCGUCGUCGUCGUCGUCGUCGGUGGUGUCCAGUCCGUCUGAAAUCUUUCGCAAGUUUAGGAGCCACACGACGGAGCCUUCCGGUGGGGAGCCGAGCAGCAGCAGCAGCAGCGAGCCCAAAUCGAUAUUGAAAGUGAAAAAAUCGACGACGCCGGUGAUUGAGAUUGUGCAGAGACAGAAACAAAAGCAGAAGCUGCUGGAGGAGGGACCAGACGCGAGCGGUCCAGCUGCAGAUCCAGAUCGGUCGAGCCUUUUACAACAACAACAAAUAACGGCCGUUGGUGAUGAGGUCAAGGAGAGAGGAGAAACAGCAUCCUCACAAGUCGGAGCAGCAGCAGAAGGAGGAGGAGACGAAUCUGUCAACACCCACCGACCCGUCAGUCGCUUCAGGGCCGCCCGGAUGGGCAAGAAACUCUGAGAUGGGCAAGAAACAACAACAUAUCUCUGUGCCCUCGAAAAAAAAAACACAAUAAUAAUCACACAAUCUACGCCGCCAUCUAACGGAUAAAUGACGGAUGUCUGUUGUUGUGUUAUUGCGGAUGCAGUCGACUACUUUUUUUCUAUCUCGGCGGGCGACGAGUGAGUGAUGGCGUGAAAGAUGAACAAAGAAAAUGUUUGCGGAAUCUUUGCUUGUUUUGUUGUACCAAAUUGUAUUGAGUGCCGAAGUGAAUCGGUACAGCAACGCGUUCAGAAGAUCAACCAAAAUAGAUUCAUUUUUCACAUUU